GACGCAGAGGCAGUGUGUCUCUGCGUGCUAAAUAAAUUCUAUUGGAGUUCGAAAAGCCCUAAAAACCGAAGAAGAGGAAGAAAAUCGUGUGGCGGGGUAAUAUAAAAAGGCGUGGUGGUUUCGUAUCAGUGGUGAAGAUGUCGGCCACUGGUGGAGGUGGUGGUGGUGGUGGUGGUCAAGAGGAGGACAAGAAGCCAAUGGACCAAGCCGCUCACAUUAAUCUCAAGGUCAAGGGUCAGGAUGGAAACGAGGUGUUCUUUAGGAUUAAGCGAAGCACCCAGCUGCGCAAACUAAUGACUGCUUACUGUGAUCGGCAGUCAGUGGAAUUGAACUCAAUUGCAUUUUUAUUUGAUGGACGCAGACUCCGGGCAGAGCAGACUCCAGAUGAGCUUGAGAUGGAGGAUGGUGAUGAGAUCGAUGCUAUGCUGCACCAAACCGGAGGGAAUGCAUGAAUGCUUUGAACUCAAUAGAUAUAUGUAUUUAACAUGGUGAUGAGAUCGAUGGACGAGACUCCAUAGAUAUAUAAAAUGGAAGGCUAUGAGAAAAAGGAUUUAGAUUGGCCGCCUAGUUUCUAAUUCUGGUUUAUGUAUUAAACAUGUUACUGUAAAUAAGAAAUGGAUCUGUUGAACUCUAAAGCUAGUCCUGAGUUUUUGGUGGUUGAGGAAAUAUUUGAAUGGGAAUUUUGAUUAAUGGUUAUUAGAUGA